GAUGGCAAGCUGGUAAGCGAGUACUUCACGAGCCCAGGGCAGAUGGCAGGUUGCAAGAUUGAAGCCAGCUGCAAAGAUGGGUCCAGCAAAUUGGAACCCACAGAUGCCAAGAAAGCAUGGCUGUGCAACAUCCGGAAGCUUGGCACCUUGUCUCGUCAGACACAGAAUCUGAGACUUUGCCUUCCAGCAUUGCUUGCGAGCUUUGGUCUUGUGGAUGGCUACAACGAAAGAUUUCGUCAUUUGCAGGGCAAAGGAAACCCGGACUUUGAUAGCUUUAUGCAGGAGGCGGCGCAAGUGCUGUGUGACACGUUGGGAGCCUCAAACUUUGGCAGGGAAGCGCCACAGCGAUUUGUCAUCUCGACGCAUUUGCUGCGAUGCUUGUUCCAGCGAUGGCCCUUUGUGACACACACCGAGCGCUUUGCAUCUGAGCUCUUUGCUCUGAGUCACCCCACCAAAGUCACUCUGAGCCUUGAACGUUGUCGUGAAGCGUACAAGAGGGCAUUGGUAGCAAACCAUGGAAGGUUUGAUGAGGUCCUGGCUGGCAUUGAUGAAGAGAGCUCAAAGAUACUUCUGGAGCAGCUAGAGGCACUGGUUGCCCGGGAGGAGUCAGACAAACUGCCUUUCGUCGGCUUCUUGGAGGUCGCUGCGGUUCUGGCAAGAAAGGUUGGCAGAGCUUUGCCGGCCAACGAACAUGAAAGGCAAGGGUUCAAUUUGGAGGAGUUGGUGGCGCUCUGCGCGCGCCAAGCCGGGGACCACGAGACCUUCCGCCGUGAGGUGGCACCAUUCCUGGCGCCAGCAGCGUGUGCUGGCGUGGAGAACCCGCAGAAUGUGCAGCGCCUGGCCCGAUGCAUCCUGGAUGUCAGCAAGCUGCUGAAGGGAAACCAACCUGGCCGUAAUAUGCGGUUGGCGGUUGCGGCCUGUGCGCGUGCGGACGCUCGCGACUUGUUGGUGCCUGUCUCGUUGGAGAUGUUCAAAGAAGCCCAAAUCCACAGCGAUGGCCCACGUGAUGUAGCACACCAGAUUGUCACCAGAGUCUUGAACCCGCUUCUUUUGGCAGAGUACUUUCCGAAGGAAUCCAUCCAUCCAUUGCUCACAUCCCUCACCAGAUCUCAGCUGGAGAGAGCCUGGAACGGCGAGCAGAUUGUGUGCUUCCUGAAGGAGAUUGAGACCGGUUGCGGUGCAUUGUUCCCCCCGCCGCAGCCUGCGGUUCAGGAAGCACUGCACUCUCAGGACCUCUUUUGGCAGGUCUUGGUGGACGCUUGUGGCUCGCACACUGACCACAUUGGAGGCAUCCUUGAGGCACUUUGCGGCGAGAUGGCGCCUGCAGCUUUCUGCUCCCGGAGCGUAGAACUGCUAAGCUUUGAGCUUUCAGGAAGCCUGCGAAACGCCAACUGGAAGAAGAUCCUUCAGCACGCCACCGGCCAAACUGGAUUCGCUGUUCUUUUGAACAGGGCAUUGCAGGAACUUUUGCCAAGACCGCACCAGCUUCACGAGUUGCUGCGUGACCUGGCUGACAUGGGCAUUUUGCAGGAGGAGCAUCCAUUCAGUUGUGUGGCUUCGGCGGUGAGGGAUUGUGCUCAAUGGAGUUUGCCAAGCACAACCAUCACCACAGGUCGCCGCUGCUCUCAGUGGGUGGCACAGCUCUUCCUGGAGUGCUGGGUGCCGAAUCUUGCGCUUGUGCCCCCGGGCUCGCCGAGAGAGAAGGAGUUCUUUCAGUGGCUGGGCUCGCAGCACUUGAUGUGCCGACCACAACUGCUGGACACUCGGGUGAAGCAUGAGGAAGAGUUCAUUCAUCCCUUUCUCAAGAAGCUGCCGGAGGAUGACAACCUUUGGGCAACAGAGUGGGCAGCUAUAAGUUGCUGCGAGUGGCCGAGGCUGAAGCCAUUGCUGACGGUCUUUGGGGCUGGAGACGUGAAGGAAAGUGACCAGCCAGUGAGCCUGCAGUUCUUCAGCCGCCUGGGCCGUGUGGCCAAGGAGGGCCGCCUGCCUUGCAGAGCCUACGUGGAGCUGCACGAGCCACGGCAGCGGAGCUUGCAGGCCCUCGUGGAAAACAUGAACGAGCUCUCCAGCGGCCUCUCUGCAAAAGUGGAGGAGCAGAAGCAGAGGGUGGACGAUCUCAGGGCGGAGCUGCAGCGUCAUUUGCAGCUGUUGGAGUUCCUGGUGGAGAAGUGGCGCUUCCAGGAGGUGGCCAGAAGCCGGGGGCAGCUGAAGAAGAUGCUGUCGCGUGUUGAGGAUCUCUCCCUGGUGGACAUGGAGAAGGAGGCGCGGGGGAGCUACGACAGCUUCAAGUCCUUCCAGGAUGAUGGUCAAGGCACCUUCGACUUCCUGCAGCACUUCAUGCGGGUGGGCUCCGUCUUGAUCAAUCCGUGCCUCGAACACUUUGCAGACACCAUGGGCUUUGCUGCAGGCAUGGAUGGGACGCUCCUGAAUCUGGACUUCCAGGGGUUUUGCGACGUGGUGAAGCGCUGCCACCAGGGCCUGGGCACCCUGGCCCGCGGGCAAACCCUGCCCUGCGUGGUGUGGCGCUUGUGCUGCGGUGCGCUGGCGAAGUUGCCGGAGGCCAAGGUGAAGAAGGAGGUGAGCCUCUUGGUGGAGUACUUCGGGGAGGAGAACAAGGAGAACAAGGAGAACGUGGGGACGAUUGCCAGGUUCUUUGGCAAGACAGCGCCUCCGGUCACUGACAAGGCGCACGUUCUGAUGGAUGCCCUCCGGGUGCAUAGGAUCGCCCUGUCCCUGCAGACCUUGGAGGCGGCAUUGCAGCAAAAACGCUUGGACUGGCUGGUCGACUCUGACAGCUUCCAGCAGGCAAAACAGAUGGCAGCAGAUGUUUUGAAAGACAAGGAGGUGAACAUCUCUUUUGAUGCGACAAGGCUCCCGGCCUUCCGCGACCUCGGCUUUGGAGAUUUCGAUCCAGAGCUCUUCCAGACUCUGAUGCAGAGGAUUUGCAUCUUUGACUUCCUGGUGGAGAAGAAGUUCGUGGGGGAGAGCGGCUUUCAGCAGUUCGAAGAGGCCCUGGCAGUUGUUCGCCAACGGCUCGAAGAGGAUAUCUCUGUAAGGCAAGCCCUUCUGGACGAGCUGCAUCAUUGUGCGGAUGCUCUUUCUGGUUUUCUGCGAAUCGUAUCAAUGCCGAAACAAGCGGAGCCUGCCAGCUCAGAGACUGCGGUGCGGAUCUUGCGCGCCUUGACGUCAAAGAAAGUGAGGCUGGAGUCUUUCAACCUGGUGGCGGAGCACUUGCAGCUCAUCCGUGCCCUCUUCGAGAGUAUGGGCACUGGUAGUCAGCUGCUGCUCUACACAGUGGGCCAGAUUUUGCAGGGGCGCCUGGUGCUCGACGGUGGCAAAGACGACUUCUAUUGCUGCUACAACUAUGACGGCACGGCUGGAGAGCAUGUGAAGGUUUCUUCGAGCAGCCUUCUGGAGUAUUCCACCAGGAGUCUCAUGAGCCUGGAGGGCUGGGACUCCAAGUCGGAGGAGGCGGCGAUUCUGCGGACCUUCUUGGAGCAGAUGGAGGCCGUGGAUUCCUCGAAUGGCUUGGCCUACACGGGCAGCCAGCUGCACCGCGCUGGGCAUCCCGAGUUUCGGCAGCCAAAGGAGUUCCCCAUGCGGAGCCUCGCCGCGGUCGCGCCGGAGCAGCUGCGGAGCCUCACUUUGUGGCGGCAGCAGGUGCUGGCGACGUUGGCGGCCGCGCCUUUGCUGGGCCUCGUGCCCCGAGGUCAGUUCCACGGAUGGCUGGCUGACUUGUGUGAGCAGGGCUUCACCGACGAGGUUGUGUCAUCUCUCACUGAGGGCCUGCAAGUCUGGAGCUCCUGCAACAAGGAGGCUUUCUGGAACACUCUCUGGCCUGCAGGCUUCCCUGCGGGCAUCCCGUUGACAGCCGACAGAGCGCUGGAAGGAUUAUGCCUCUGCUGCGAGGGGCUGAGCCUCAGCAGCCAUGCGCAGGCGCGGCGAGGCCGUUUCCUCUUGCAUGCGGAGGGCGACGAGGAGCAGCUUUUGCUCGUGGCUCAGCUUUUCCUUCGCUGGCCCGGCGGCCCCAAGCGCCUGCCUCGCCCUUCGGAGCUACUUUUCGGAGGACCUGAUGUGCCACUAGCUGAGGUGGAGGCCUUUCUUUGGCGUGCCCAGCACUUCCCCGAUCUGCUUUUUGUGCUGGUGGAGCCCAGCAGCCUCCCACCAGAGGGCAAGAAGCACGUGGCAGAUUGGCUCUGCAAAAGCCAGGCCGACUGCUCUGUGGCAGUGAUCCUUACAACGCCCUGGCACAUCCCAGCCUCCGCGCAAGUGCAGCCGCUGCAACUGGCCCGUGAUGGCCAGCUGCGGCAGCUUUGGCAGCAGAGCAGCGCAGAGGUGUGGCUCUAUCAGGGCGCGGAGGCCCCCUUAGGGGCCGGGCCCUCCUCGGGCAAGAGUUCUUGCAUCCAGCACGAGUGCCAGGCUUUCAACAUGGACAUCAUCUCGUGCAUCCUGCACGAAGGCUUCCAGGCGGGACCCUUCGUGGAGGAGGCUGCAAAGGAGAUCCGCAAGUCCGCCGAAGCCGGGCAGCGAAAUGCGCUCCACAUCGACCUAAGCGCUUACAGCGACUUUCAUGUCACCAAGACCUUCUUGAGACACUUGCUCCUGUGCCAGGUUCUUCAUGACCCAGACAGUGGACAGAUGGUGCAUCUUCCCCCAGAUGUCUGCAUCUAUGUGGAAGUUGGAAGAAAAGCAGGCAAGCGUGAUCUUCACGCAUCGAGACCCUACGCCACAGAGGAGCUGUUGCAGGUCAAGUUUCCCAAGAUCCCGACCAAUCAGCAGAGCCUAAACCUGCUGUACCCAAUCCUCAGGCUUGUUGGCCAGGAUGCGACAUUUAAGGACUGCCAGGACUUUGACCUGUGCAACGCGUGCUUUCAGGAGCAUCGUCAGUCUCAGCAGUUGCACGAUUCCACGCACGAGUUUCGGCGCCGCGUUGCCCCAGAGCGAUGCGCUUUGGCCCUGCGCCUGAUGCAAGCCUACCAGCAGGGCCAUCCCUGGGACGACCGCCGCCAACUGCUGGACAUCCGCUGCGGAGAGCUGGCGACCAUGGCGACCAUGGCGACGUCCGGGGUCGUUUUGCCACGGGAGCAGCGAGAGCUUCUUCAGCAGCAUGGCAAGAGGUGCUUCAACGAGCAGGACUUCUGGGCUGUAGACAUCCGGCGCUUCCCGGACCCGCCUGAUCCGGAAGUCACGUUGCAGUGCUUUGCAGCACUUUUCCAGCUUGAACUGGGACUGGGCAAGGCCCAGCAAGAGCUGAUCUUGCGAAGGGUCUCUCUUCUGGCAGGAUGGCUGGCCAACUCAACGCUCUUCAAGAGCAGCGACGCCGAGGGCGACCAACGACUGGGCUCGCUUCUGGUUGAAUGUGUGGGCAAUGGGCUGCGUCAGCUGGGCAUGGGCGAGGAGCUAUGCCUUCACUUUGUUCCAACCUACACCAAGCACCAGCACGAAGACUUUGUGAUUUUCGUCCCCAGCCUGGCAUGCAACCCGGAGCUCUCCGAGCAGAGUAUUUGCCCACGCGGCCCAGAUUGUGCGUGCAACAUGAUUCGGUGGAGGCUGCUCAACGAUGUACCUCGGAAGGUUCUGUUGGCAGAUGCGGCAGUGGCCAACCUCAUGUUGCUAGAGUCGGCCAUGGAGGAUGAGAGGCAGGGGGUGCAGGCAUUGGCAUGUGCCAUUGGGGUGCCAAUCUAUCACGUGGAGAAAGUCUUGGAGGAAGAAGGCUACGUGCUGACGCGAGACUUCACCAGCAGCAAGAUCUUGGAGCUGCUGGCGCGCUGGCGCAGCCGCGUCCCGGCGAUUUUGGUGGGGGAGAGCGGCACGGGGAAGACCCGGGCGCUGCAGCUGCUGACGCGGCUGCUGCUGGAGUCGCAGGAGGUUCGGGCAGUGGAGGAGGCCAAGCAGGCGGUCUUGGAACAAGGCUUCAGCUUGCAAAGCCUCCAGGAGCUGCUGCAGAAUUUGAACCUCUACGCUGAGUUCCACCUCAUGCUGCGGGGGGGCGACUGCCAGCAGUGGCGGAGCAUGAGUCACGCAGCCCAAGAGCAAGAGCGGGACGUGGACGGCCUGGCGGUCCUGCGCGCGGCGACUGGCGAAAGGCUGGAGGAUGAAGCCACAGCGGCCAUGCUGGAGCUUGCGCUUCGAGUCGUCGCGGCACUCCCACCAGAGCCGUUCUUUUUCAAGCUUCAGGUCCAUGCUGCCAUGACAGCGGAGGAAGUGCAGGCCGGUUGGGGCCUGCUGAGGCCGGAGGAGGAGGAGAAUGAGGAGCAGGAGAAUGAGGAGGAGAAGUACCAGGAGGAGCAGCUCGAGCCGGCGUUGCGCGCCUGCACACGGGAGCCUGACCUUGUGGUGGUAGUCUUCCUAGAUGAGGAGCGGUUGAACUUGCAUUCAUACCAGGUGAACACGGCCUCCUGCCUGGGCCUGGUGAAGGCAAUGUUUUGCGACAGCCUGCUGGGCAAGCAUCCGAACCUCUUCCUGGUGGCUGCAGCGAACCCAUACCGAGAGGAGGCCUCUGCAGAGGAUCUGGUGGUCCGCGGCAGCAGGACUGUCAUGAGGGACUUCUUCCAGGUGCAUCCUCUUCCGCCCUCUUUUGAGCCGUACAUUUGGAACUGGAAGUCCCCUAUGGAGGCCGAUGAGGAGCGCUACGCCCUGCUCCUGCUGCGAAAGACGGCUUGGCAGGACGGUGUCGAGAUGCAAGAAGAUGAUGCUCAGCGCUUCGCCACGGCCAUUUCUGAUGCUCAGUGCUUCAUGAGAGACACCUUGAGGUCCAAGUCCGCUGUGUCCCAGCGGGACAUCAUCCGAGUUGUCCGGCUCCUGAAGUUCUUCCGGCAGCGGAGCUUCACAGCUCCAGAGUGCCAGCGCAGCAGCAUGGCGCACGCUUUGCUGCUGGCCUUUGGAGUGUGCUACUAUUUGGGCCUGAACAGCGAGCAGCGUCGCAGGUUCGUUGAGAUCACGCGGAGGCAUUUGGAGGAUAUCGCAGUGGACACCGCGCAGAGCCUGGAUUUGCCCGCAGCAUUGGCAAAGGAGAUGGAUCAUUACAUGGAGCACGUGAUCCUGGAUGAUGGCAUCGCAAGGACUCGCGCGCUCAAGGAGAAUGUGUUUGCAGUCAUUGUCGGUAUCGAGACGAACAUCCCUGUGAUGAUUGUCGGCAUGCCCGGCACUGGCAAGACGUUGGCAGUCAACAUUGCCACGAGCGUUCUUCGCGGCAGCGCCUCUGUGCCACUCUUCAGAGAGUUCAGCGAUGUGGCAAACUCCGUCUUCCGAUAUCAGUGCUCCAAAGACAGCACCUCGCGGCAAAUCCACGAGCUGUUCGAGGGGGCGCUGCGUGCAAAGAGGCGAGCGGCGGACAAGCGUUGCCCUGUUGUUUUUAUUGAUGAGGCUGGUCUUCCAGAGGAAAGAAUGGAGAGCUUGAAGGCAAUUCAUUACUGGAUUGAUCAAGGCGAGCUUUUUUGCUGCAUCCUGGCGAACAAGCCGUUGGAUGCUGCAAAGAGGAAUCGGUGCCUACAAGUUUUUCGUGAUGAAGCUGACAGCGAAGACCUCAAAGUCCUGGCGUCCAAGUGUCUGGGUGUUCCUAUGCAGGAUCCUACCUCGCAAGCCGUUGUCCAGGGCUUUUGCGAUGCUUUCCGUGAGAUCUCAAGAGGGCAGCGAAGCAGCCCCUUGGGCAUGUUCCACCUCCGGGACUUCCACCACUGCCUGAGGUACCUGGAUCGCAAGAAACACGUCAGGGACGGCUCGGUGUCUGGCAGGGCAGUGCUCAUGAGCCUGGAGCGCAACUUUGGAGGCCUCCGCAUGGAGGACUUUCAGGAGCUUGUGGACAUUUUCUUCAAGCACUUAGAGCGGUGCACAGGUGGCCUGGUCUCAAAGCCAGACGCCAAGGCCUUGCGAUCUCCCAUUGAUGUGAUCCAGGAGGCGCUGGAGGACUGGAGUGAGUCAACCGUUUCCAGUGAAGACUUCGAGCCCUGGCGCUACAAGCUCCUCAUUGAUGAGACCGGGGAUGGGACCGCCAUCCGCGCCCUGCAGUCGAUUGGAUUGCUCAAGGAUGCUCGCGUGCUCGAGGUGUCCGACAUGGUUGGGGAUCAAAGCCAACUUCAUCGAAGCCAGGUGGUAAACGAGAUCCGCCGUGCCGCGGAGAAGCCGGGCGUAUGUGUCAUCGUUGACUUUGACGAGAUUUUGGAUGGAUUCUAUGACCUGCUGAACCUACGUUUUCAGCGAAUCCAGCUGGACGACCGAACUUCCUUUGCUGCAACCAUAGCUGCGGGGAGUUACUCCGUGCUAGCGCCCGUGCAUCCGCACUUUCAGCUUGUGGUCUGCAUCAAGGCUUCUGAUCUGCAAGGCACACCCUUGCCGUUCUUGAACCGUUUCGAGAAGUUCUAUUGCAGCCCAGCAGAUCUGGCAGUGCGCACCGCAGUCCAACUCUGUGGCAGCCAAAUGAGCCGACAUUUCCUGAAGAACUUUGUGGUUCAGCCUGCUCACCGCCGGCUGCUUGAUUUGGUGCAGCUGCUGGGUCCAGCCAGCCUCAUUGGAUACCAAACCGGUACGUUGGACUCGGCCAUCAACGAGGCGUUGCAAACGAGAGCCGCCACUGCGGCGUUGGAGGCCCUGUCUGCUGUGUGGCAGGAAGCCAGCCAGGACCGCCAGGACCGCCAGGACCGCCAGGACCGAGCCACGAGAGUGGAGCCGGCGGCUCCGUUGGCGCCGCGUCUUGCGGCCGCGCUGGCAGGGCUGACGCAAAAGCGGGGUGCGCCGAAGGGCUGCUGCGGCCUCGAGAACACGGGCGCCAGCUGCUACCUGACAUCCUGCGUUGCACUCCUGGCGGUGCACGACGAGUGGCUCUCAGGCGACUCCUCUGACCGUGAUUUGGCCGAGGACCUAGCGCCCUUGGUUUCGUGGGCGAGUGCCCGAGGCAGGCUUAGGUAUGCGCUGUCAAACCUUCCAGGAGCUCCGCCAUGUGAUGAACAAGUCGCGCCGUGGAAUGGUGCACAAGGAGCAGGUGAUCAUAUUGGAAAAAGAGCUACAGCGUGCGGGCAUGGUGGAGGGUGGCAAGCAGGACCCUCUUACGAAUGCAAUGUGCACGACACUACAAUCCCCAAAAGCAAGGACGACAGGAAACACUUGCGCAGAGGAAAUGCGCACCGGUGCAAGGAGCAUCACGUCGAGCACAUACAGCGCCAAAACGCAGAGGGCAACCAAAUGAUGCAACACUGUAGUCAUAGCAUCAUUACCGGAACUUCCCAAUCUCUUUCUUUCUACCCUGCACAGGUGAAGGCAUAUCUUCGUGCAACUCGAGAACAAACAAGACCAUUGGUGUGA